AUGAGCGUAGAAACAAGGAGGUGGUCAGAAUGUUAAGCCUGAUCGUAGUUGUAGUGUAACUCAUGCAGUCUGACUACAUUCGGUUUGGAAAGUUCCGUAUCUUCAGCUCAGCCUGAACUAAUAUCCUUUUCAUUGGCUCCGAUUAGCCAAUCGCAGAGUUCGGCCUAAUUAUUAUUCACUCUCUCCACCAAUCAGCGGGGCGCUAGUACACCGUGGCUCCUCCCCCAUCCCCCUCAGUCACUGUCUGUCAUCUGGAGUGCAGUAGAGCUACAGGGGUGUCCAGACUGUCGACUCCGGAUUACAUUUCUUCAGUUUAAACUUUAUUUUCUCGUCCCAAAUCGUGCCUGAAACCUUUCUCAAACUAAAGAGAAGUAUCGCUUAUAACCUCCUAUGAACUUCUUUGUCAUAUCGGUAAUGCAGGAAACGAAAACGGUGCACUUUCUUCUUUUUCGAUGAGGAUCGCUAGGCAGAUUACAGUGCUGGGAAAAUGUAGCUGCUUUCUAUGAGUUCGUUCACCAAAACAACCUUAAGGCGCUUAGAAACCUAAAACCUACACUGUUUAAUAAAGAAAUCGUGCCGACUGCUCAGAACAGGUACCAGUGAAUAAAUAAGACAGCAUAUUUUUGUAGUUUUGUAGUUGCUUUCUCUGUAUUUUUUUAUAGUGAUAGUCAUGUCAGCAUCUUCAUCUGCCAACUCGACUCAACAUCAUCAUCAUCAUCAGCACCGGGCCAAGCGCAGCACCGCCGGUUCCCCCUCCAACCCUUUACCACCACCAUCAUCAUCAUCAUCGUCAUCAUCAUCAUCCACCAACGGCAGCCGCCUGCAGCCCAUCCGUGCCACGGUGCCCUACCAGCUCCUACGUGCGAACCAGCCCAGCCCAACCCGUUCCCCUUCCUCCUCUUCCUCCUCCUCCUCCUCAUCCUCCGCCGUCUCACUCGGCAGCACCGCAGCACCGAAAUCCUCCAGCCCCAGCCCGAACCUGAACCCGGCCGGACACGGCGCCGCGGAAGCCGGGCUAAUCCCGCGGCUCAGCCGCUCUCCACCUGAGCACCAGCGGGGCUCACCUGAGGAGGGUCGCCCCACCUCACCUGCUCUUAGAGUUGAAAGGUCGAAGGCCCAGCAGGUGCGGAGUGCAGGCUCAAUCAGACGGACUUCUUCUCUGGGUGCGAUCACCGGGCCCUACCUGACCGGCCAGUGGCCGCGCGACCCCCACGUGCACUACCCCUCGUGUAUGAAAGACAAGUCCACGCAGACUCCUGGAUGUUGGAGUGAAGAAACAGGCGAAGGAGAGCUGAGGAGCACACACCAGCGCUCGGCGUCUUGGGGCAGCGCCGACCAGCUAAAAGAGAUAGCAAAGCUCCGGCUGCAGCUUCAGCGCAGUAAACAGGGAGGGAGCCGCCUCAGUAAAGACAGCCGAGAGCUUCUGUCUCCACUUCACUGUUGCAUCAUCACCACCACACACAGCACCAUUAGCACCGCCAGCCAAGCCCCGUCACCCAUGUCGAAGCCGGCGCAGAUGCCACUGUCCAACAUCACUGUGCCGAAGCCUUCCAUCUCCAGAGUGCCCAGCAGCAUGGAGGGCAUCAACCACGAGCUGGAGAAAGUCUUCAUCAAAGACAACGGAGAGAAGGAGGAGCUAAAGGCUCUGGAGGUCCCUGAUGGCCGGCGGGCUCCGUUCCCCCCUCAGCAGCGCAGCAGCAGUAGCCGCAGUGUGGACACUCAGACCCCCUCGGUGCCGGGCCGCUCCAGUAGCUGCUCCAGCCUGUCCCCUUGCCCCUCACCCGCCUGCCCACCAGGAUCACACGACGGCAGCCCGUACUCCACAGACGAGCUGCUCGAUGACCGAGACAAAGACAGCGGCAGCAGCUCCCCGCUACCAAAGUUCGCCUCCUCUCCCAAACCCAACAACAGCUACAUGUUCAAGCGAGAGCCUCCAGAGGGCUGCGAGAAGAUCAAAGUGUUUGAGGAAAUGACGUCCAGACAGUCAGCUGCCGUCCCUCUCUUCUCCUGCCCUGACAAAAACAAGGUGAACUUCAUCCCGACUGGCUCAGCAUUCUGCCCGGUCAGACUGCCCGGCUCUCUGCUACAGCACUCCGCCUCGCAGCCCGAAGAAGAGGACGGCGACGCGGCGGCCGGCCCCAGCUCGGCGCCCCCUGCUUACGCGCCCCUCCACCCCACUCAGGUCUCCACCAGCACCAGCACAGACGACCCGCCGGAGUCCCCCGCCACCUCCCCGUCCCAACAGCAGGAGGCGCCCUCGGAAUGCCCCGCCCAGCCUCAGAACUAUGCAGUUAGCUAGAUUUGCUCGGAGCUGGUCUCCGUGGCACUUUCGCAAACCCCUGUCCCACCACAGGCUGCCUAGAGGGCCUCUACCCACCCACCCCCACCCGUCCUCUCUGGAGGGUCCCAUCUUUGUGCUGAAAACUCCACUGUCUGCAUGGCAUAGCAACAAGGUCCCGAACACACAAACAACUUUCCACUGCAAACCACCUUCACAUCCACGGCGAUCUCCUGAGCACUGUUACUGACAGGGAUGAACAUAACGGUUAACGUGUGGGCUAAUUUCACCAGAAAGGCUGUAGUUGGAACAGCGUCGGGAGAAGCUGGUAAAAGAUUAUAUAUUAUAAAUGGAGAAAUAUAGAGCAUGACUGGAUGUUGGAACCUCAAAAUAUGCAAGCGAGAAGUUAACAUCACUGUUAAUCCUAAAGGAAUAGUUUGGCGAAAAAUGUAAUUUAUAUGUAAUUUUCAACAUCCCAGAUGUAGAUGAUCAGUCAGGACAUGGCUGGUGUUUUAGUUUAGACCUGGAGCUGCAACAUUGCUAACACUGGAAGUCAAUAGUCACCCAAACACUUCUCUCGACCCGCUCAAGCUCCAUCCAGGACCUGAACCAGGUUGCACAGACAGGAAUACAGUGUGACACUCUGUGAUAGAAACCUGGUCAUAUUCAGGCGGUAAUGUUUACCAAGUUAGUGUGUUUGUACUCAUUUUUGUAGGUUUAUCCUUAUUCGAUAUGCAGCUUCUCUUACAGUAAGAAACCCUUCGGUAUUACUGUGCUAAUGCUACAUCCCUGCAUAGUGAUGUUUUACGAAAGCAGAUCUAUAUGCAGAUGAUAAUAAUGUACAUACAGAUUUAGGCUAAAUAUGUAAAUAAAGUCUAUCUGUGUCAUUUUACUAACGCGUUUACGUCGCUUAUCGACGUAAUUUGAAGCAAACAUAGGAAGAUUUUGGCCUGAAAUUGUGGAAAUGAUACUUUGCCUCUGAUAUUUGUUAGCACCGUUAGCGUAGCAGCUCCCGUUCUGAACUAAAGAAGCAAAAUUUGUACACCAAACAUGUCUUGGCUGAUAAUCUGCAUCUGGGGUAAGUAGAAAAUCACAUACAUUUGACUUUUCCGGAAACUAUUCCUUCAAAAGAAAGGAAAACAAAGUGAGCUGUGUUUUUUCCUGAUUUUAAUCUCAUCUUAUUUAACCGUUUGGCGUUGAAUUUAGUCGCAUUCCAUCAUUUUGCAUUUGCUCUUUUGGAGUCGUUCACUUUUUUCACGGAUGUUGUUCCAAACAGCUGCGCAGUUGUUCCCCAAAACCCGCGGCUUCGCUUCGCUUCGUUGGGUGACUGAAUCUUAAGCGAAGUGGCCUGCGUGUCGGCAUUAACGUUCACUUUAGUGCAAAAGCAGGUGCCGCCUUAUCAGCUACUACACGAUAAUGCUGGCAUUCAGUGGAAAACAAAAGCUUCAAGAAGGGUUUAAUAGGGUCAGCGGCAUGCAUCUGAAACUGAUAGUAGGUCUUGUUCCUUUUUUGUAACAUCCACAGUAUGAAUAAGCUCUCUGUAUCGAUCUAUAGAUAUCUAUAUAAAAGAGAAAAAAAAGCUUGUUUGAAUGGAAAAUCAUAUAUUACUUUAUGUAUGUUAUAGAAAAAAGGAGUUAUACUCUUCAGAAUUAUGUUUACACUAUGUCAAGGUUUUGUAACUUUUAAAACAUCCAAUGCAAAAAUAGUUUAAAAAAAAAAAGUAAAAACAAUAUUCAUAUGUAAAAUUAAAAAAAAAAAAGCCA